CGGGCCCGGGGCGGGACCAGGCCUGCGCCGGGCCAGGGAAGAUGGCGGCCAUGGAGACGGAUUUGGCCCCGCUGACCCUAGAAUCGCUGCCCACCGAUCCCCUGCUCCUCAUCUUAUCAUUCUUGGAUUACCGGGACCUAAUCAAUUGUUGCUAUGUCAGUCGAAGACUUAGCCAGCUAUCAAGUCAUGAUCCGCUGUGGAGAAGACAUUGCAAAAAAUACUGGCUGAUAUCCGAGGAAGAGAAAACACAGAAGAAUCAGUGUUGGAAAUCUCUCUUCAUAGAUACUUACUCUGAUGUAGGAAGAUACAUUGACCACUAUGCUGCUAUUAAAAAGGCCUGGGAUGAUCUCAAGAAAUAUUUGGAGCCCAGAUGUCCUCGGAUGGUUUUAUCUCUGAAAGAGGGUGCUCGAGAGGAAGAUCUUGAUGCUGUGGAAGCUCAGAUUGGUUGCAAGCUCCCUGAUGAUUAUCGAUGCUCUUAUCGUGUCCACAAUGGGCAGAAGUUAGUGGUUCCUGGGUUGUUGGGAAGCAUGGCACUGUCUAAUCACUAUCGUUCUGAGGAUUUGUUAGACGUUGAUACAGCUGCAGGAGGCUUCCAGCAGAGACAGGGACUGAAGUACUGUCUCCCUUUAACUUUUUGCAUACAUACUGGCUUGAGUCAGUACAUAGCAGUGGAAGCUGCAGAAGGCCGAAACAAAAACGAAGUUUUCUACCAGUGUCCGGACCAGAUGGCUCGGAAUCCAGCUGCUAUUGACAUGUUUAUCAUAGGUGCUACUUUUACUGACUGGUUUACUUCUUAUGUCAACAAUGUUGUGUCAGGCGGCUUUCCUAUCAUCAGAGACCAAAUUUUCAGGUAUGUUCAUGAUCCAGAGUGUGUAGCAACAACUGGAGAUAUUACAGUUUCAGUUUCCACAUCGUUUCUGCCAGAACUUAGCUCUGUACAUCCACCCCACUAUUUCUUCACAUACCGAAUCAGGAUUGAAAUGUCAAAGGAUGCACUUCCUGAGAAGGCUUGUCAGUUGGACAGUCGCUACUGGAGAAUAACAAAUGCUAAAGGGGAUGUCGAAGAGGUUCAAGGACCUGGAGUAGUUGGUGAAUUUCCAAUCAUCAGCCCAGGUCGGGUAUAUGAAUAUACAAGUUGUACUACAUUUUCCACAACAUCAGGAUAUAUGGAAGGAUAUUAUACCUUCCAUUUUCUUUACUUUAAAGACAAGAUCUUUAAUGUCGCCAUUCCCCGAUUCCAUAUGGCAUGUCCAACAUUCAGGGUGUCUAUAGCCCGAUUGGAAAUGGGUCCUGAUGAAUAUGAAGAGAUGGAAGAGGAGGAAGAAGAGGAGGAGGAGGAAGAUGAUGAUGACGAUUCAGCAGAUAUGGACGAAUCUGAUGAAGAUGAGGAGGAGGAGAGACGGAGGAGGGUCUUUGAUGUUCCCAUUCGCAGACGCCGGUGCUCUCGCCUUUUUUAGCGAGCCUCUGCUGAUAGAAGCACUGGGAUAAAUCCAGUCUGUUAAAUAGAUUUCUCAGUCAUGUAAAUAACUAAAUUGUUCCCAAUAUAUAGCAGGAAAACUAGCAUGAAGUAUUGUUAUAUGGGUUCUGAGUUCUAGGUGACCCUCUAUUAGGAACUGGAUUGUUUUGGUUUGCUUCGCGUUUUAGAGGUAGAGGAGGAAAUGGCAAUCUUUUUUCUCUUCUAGAAGUCAAUGAGGGGAAUUGUUCUCUAAUUAAGGAACAGAUGUUUCUUUGUUUUGAAAUAUUUUAUACUUAUAAAACAUGGAAAUGGGAGGGAAUUGUUUUGAAUGAGGAUUUAAAGGAUAGAAAGAAACUGACUGAAUGAUUCUGUGAAAAGAUUCCUUGCAGUUGUCAGUUACUUAGAAAUAAACAGAAUUUAUUAAGGCUGAUCCAUUUGGUGAUUCCUAUAUAUUUUGUACUCACAGGGAAUUGACUAAAUAGCUUGAAUGCUAGUUGUUUGUCCUUUCUUAGACAAUCUAUCCUUGAAUUUUAUCACUAUGACCUUGACCUUGCAUAUUUAGCCUUCAGCUCUACCAACCUUGAAUUUAAUUUAAAAUCUUCAACAUUACUUUGAAUUUAAUUUAAAGUCUUCAACUAUGAUCUUUAUCAUAUUCAUAGAUGCAUCAUUUUUGAAAUGUAGUAUGUGAAAAUAUGUAUCAUGUUUAUUAACAAGAUUCUUCACCAUGUCUCAUGUAGUCUAAAUUUGUAAAUACUGCUUCUGUUUUGUGUCUCCUUUAUACACUUGACUGUCUGACUUUGUGAUUAAGUGACAUAAAUUUUAUGUUAAGAUUAUGUUUCCUGAAACAUGGAUUUUUUUUGUAAUUAUAUAAUUGAGAGUUUGGAAUGAAAUCCUCCAGUGUCAAAAACUCACAUUUUACAAACAAAUUUUGGUUCCAAUCCUGUA